AUGAUCAAAUGGAUUCCUGGUUCUGAAGAUCUCUUUAUAGCUAUAUUCAAAAAUGGAGCUGUCGUGGUUAUGGAUAAAGAACGAGACGAUCAAACCUUUGUGAUCCCGGAAUGCGACUCACCUUUCAAUGCAUUUAGACCACACAAAAGUACCAAAUAUAAUCCCGUAUCCUUUUGGAAAGUGAGUAAACUCGGAUUGACAGAUAUUGCCUUUUCACCGGAUAAUAUGCAUUUAGCAAUCACUGGUGUAGACGGACAAUUACGAAUUAUAGACUAUAGAAACGAAAGGUUAAAUGAUAUAUAUGCAAGCUAUUUUGGAAAAUUAACAUGCGUUGAUUGGAGUCCGGAUGGACGUUAUAUAUUGACGGGUGGCGAAGAUGACUUGGUCACAUUAUGGUCAUUCCAUGAAAGAAAAAUGGUGGCGCGAUGUGAAGGGCAUAAGUCAUGGGUGACAGGAGUCGCCUUCGAUCGUUGGAGAUGUGAUGAACAAACAUAUAGGUUUGGUAGUGUAGGCGAAGACUGUAAUUUGAUAUUAUGGGAUUUCUCAUUUAGUGCUUUACAAAAGCCAAAACAUCCUCGUGGUAUUGUCGUGUCGCCACCUCCUGUACAAUGGCCGGCUGCUCAAACACAACCGACAAACAUUGAACGCAAAAAAUCACUUAAGAAUCACCGCUUGUUCCGUGGAUUUUCAUCCACCGACACAACCACUGUAAAUAAUAAUGUAGGAACAGGAUCAUUUGGCAGAUUUAGAAAGAGGUCAUCGAAAUCCAAUAAUAUUUUUGGAUCUAGCGAUCACGAUUUUCCUGAAGAACAGCAGGAACAUCUUCAUUUACCCGUUUUACAUCCACCCAUGAAAAAGAAUCAGGCAGCGAUUUUGCAACCCACCACUGUAUCAACUAUACAUGCCGAUCCUUGUAUAUCACUUUUGUUUAGAGAGUCGACGUUGGUGACAACAGAUAGAAGAGGUCGAAUUCGUACUUGGGGCAGGCCUUAA